UUUUCUUGCUUCGCAAACAUUCUACCGACAUUAUGUUCUUAGUUUGUGAUGGAAUCUCUUAACGACUUCGUUCAACCAAUGAAAUAUGCCCCAGUAUGUUCAAAAGAGGGUGAUGGUGUUUGCCAAGGGACGUGCGCCUGUGGUAGGGAAGGUGAUUGCUGUCCCUGGUACACUUAAGGACCUGCUUCUUGCAGCUCAGUGCAAGCUUGGUCUUCAUAGAGCAGUUGCAGUUUACACUAAAAAUGGAGGCUUAAUAGAUGAUGUUGAUUUGAUCAGAGAUGAUGAAGUCCUUUUUGUUUCUUCAGAAAAUCCUGCAGUGGGUAGGAAAAUUUUUCCUGAUUUCUAUUUUGACUUGAUAAUUUUCUGUAGCCUUCUUUCAAUAAAGUGCUGUUUUAUAAUUACAUGUAUAGUUGUUAAUAUUACAUGUAACAGUUUCAUUUCAUUUUUAUUAUCCUCACUCUUUUUAGCAUUUACUGACUGGGUGACACUAAACGUAGGUGGCACAAUGUUCACAACAACAAGAUCAACACUGAUGAAUGAGCCAAACAGUAUGUUAUCUAGAAUGUUUUCUCCAGCAGACUCAUGGAGCAAUAUAACAGAUCCUCAAGGAGCUGUUCUCAUCGACAGAAGUCCAGUCUAUUUUGAACCAAUCCUCAAUUACUUACGCCAUGGACAGCUUAUAUUGGACAAGGGCGUCAACCCACAAGGAGUUCUGGAAGAAGCCAAGUUUUUUGGGAUCUCAAGUGUCUUGGAGCAGUUAGAAGAAAUGGUGAAGAGUAUGGAGAGGUCGGAUGAUGCUCCUCUUUCAAGGAGUGAAUUUGUGAAAAUUUUAUUAUCAACGCCGUCAAACUGUGAACUCCGAUGUCAGGUACAUGUAACUCCGAAAAACACGUGUAAGCUCUCAGUAUUUCAUUUAUAUCUCGUGCAAUGCAAAACCCAGUGCCGUAAAAUGAUGUUGGUAGCCUCCCUUCUCCGAAAAUGGCUUCCUUCCCCCGCCAUCUCUCUCUUCCCUAACUCUCGGGCACAAAUCUUUCCGAUAAGCCUCCAACCUCUCUCAUCUCCCCGCUCUUGGAGGGCGGAAGAUAAGAGACACUGGGAACGAGAUCUUCCUGUUUCCUUUUCGUUGUACCCUUUCAAGGGAGCCAUUCUCAGCUGUACGCGUCUUCAGAGGGCCCAAAUGGAAGGAGCCUCCCUUCGAGGUUGUAAUUUUGAAGACCCUGCUGGAACCAGGGCUAAUUUAGAGGGUGUAAACUUGAAGAAUUCUGACCUAGGGAAGUGGUCCAAAAUGUCUCAGGUGCUGCUAUCAGCAGGGUUAUCUCUGGUGUUCACAGAGAAGAAUUUGGUUGAUCUUGUUUGGGAAGAUCACAGUCGACCUGACCCACCCAUGGCAGGGCUCAUGAAUUGUAACUUAACAGGCUGUGACCUGCAAGAUGCGAAUCUUCGAGGCGCCAACAUCACUGGAGCGACGAUCGCUGAAAUAACAGGACCUCUACACAUGACAGCUUUUGUUAGAAACCAGCUCCCAGGCUCCGCUCUCUCUGUAUCCUCGACGCCAGAGUCUUAAGCGAGAGGUUUAUUUAUUUACUGAUAAGUUAAGCAACGGUCAUGAGUGGAGGCGAAGGCCUGGAAGCUAUCUUUUCAAUGCCUGUCGCGUCUCAUUUCGAAAUGGUUGUCGGUUACCAAAUGAGGCGAAAAAAAAUCAUGCGGAUUGGAAGCAAAACGAAGACUACCAAGCAAGGAGAAACUUUUAAAGUCAAUUGAUCAUUCAGUGAAAACAAACAACAGUAAUUUCGAUACUAAGGACGUGUUUGAGUGACAGAUU